AUGUCGCGAUCCAAAGAAAUUCAGGAACAAAUGAGAAACAAAGUCAUUGACAUCUAUCAGUCUGGAAAGGGUUACAAAGCCAUUUCUAAAGCUGUGGGACUCCAGCGAACCACACUCUUCACCAUCCCCCUGCCAGCACCAUCCCCCUACCAGCACCAUCCCCCUACCAGCACCAUCCCCCUACCAGCACCAUCCCCCUGCCAGCACCAUCCCCCUGCCAGCACCAUCCCCCUACCAGCACCAUCCCCCUGCCAGCACCAUCCCCCUGCCAGCACCAUCCCCCUGCCAGCACCAUCCCCUGCCAGCACCAUCCCCUACCAGCACCAUCCCCCUACCAGCACCAUCCCCCUGCCA